AUGUUCUGGCAUCACCACAAACACGAGGAGCAGAAGCCUGCUCAACCUCAGCACAUUCCGGCUCAGUACCCUCCUCAAUACGCUCAAGCUCCGUACGCCCAACCUCAGGUCGUGCAGUCAAAAGACGCCCAGAAGCCGAAGAGCGACAAGGCAGCCAAAGCGAGCAAACUCACUUCGAAACUUCUGAAGAAGGUCGAAAAGAAGAUGCACGAAAAACAUGAAAAGGAAGAGAGAGAGAAGGAGAGAGAGGAAAGAGAGGAGGAAGAAGAAGAAGAAGAAGAGGAGGAGGAGGAUGGGAGCAGCAGUGGCAGUGAUAGCAGCAGCAGCGACAGCGACAGUGGCAGCGACAGCGGCAGUGACGAUGAUGAUGACUAG